CCCUAUAUACUUCCCCUGUCGCGACAUUACGCACACAAAUGACAACGGAUCUUCAAGUUAUUUCGGGCAUUGCUGUUUCUUGGUUGGCCCUAGCUCUGCAUCGAGAGUAUGAACAGUUGCCAACUGCAAUUGUGCACCUGGUCCUGUUGGCAUGGAACGAGAACCACAGCCGUAGGAAAGCUGACGGACUACGAAGACUACAAUUUGAUGACCGUAAUGCACCACCAAGCCCUUUCAAGCAACCGGUCAGGUUGCACUGGCACGGAACGGAACGUGUAGUCAAUAAUAGCAUGG